AUGGCUCUUGUGAUGGACGUGACGGUAGAUGUAUCAAAGGAUGCAGUCCUGGAUAUUAUGGAUCCUAUUGUAAUCGGACCUGUAGUAAAAACUGUGAAAACAAAAUCUGUAAUCAGAGAUAUGGCACCUGUUCGUGUGUCCGUGGAUGGAAGCCACCAUAUUGUAAUGGAUGCCUUAAUGGCUAUUAUGGUCAAGCCUGUCAGCUUUGUAGCAGGAACUGUCGCGAUGGCUCUUGUGAUGGACGUGACGGUAGAUGUAUCAAAGGAUGCAAUCCUGGAUAUUAUGGAUUCCAGAUGCAGCUCUAACUGUGUAGGCAGGGAAUGCAAUAGAUAUGGAGACUGCACCCAAGGAUGUGUUCAGGGAUACAGGGGAAAUAAAUGUCAGUACAGCUGUCCAUCAGGGUGCUCCAGUAGAGUCUGUAAUAGAAGUAACGGAUUCUGCUUUUCUUGUAUUGACGGGUACUUUGGGGAUAGAUGUGAAAAGGAUUGUCGUUGGAAGGAUAAAUGUUCUGGUCGAAAAUGUAACAAAACAAAUGGAUUCUGUUUAAAUGGAUGCAACCCUGGGCUUUAUGGAAAUUACUGUGGAAUGCGCUGUGGUAAUUGCAGCUCAGGAAUAUGUGAUAGAAAUACUGGAAAUUGCAAGGCCUGUAGUGUGGGCUUUUAUGGAGCACAAUGCAAUGGAAUAUGUAGUAACACUUGCCAAAAUCAGGAAUGCAGACAAAUAGAUGGUCAUUGUAGUAAUGGUUGCGACAACGGUUUUUAUGGUCCUUUAUGCAAAAAGUCAUGUAGUGAAAAUUGUGCCGAAAGGAAAUGUCGACAAAAUGGAGGUUGUAUUGGUGGAUGUACACCGAACUGGACUGGAGAUAAAUGCGACCGGUGUGAUUCCGGUCAUUAUGGACGUUAUUGCUCCCAGGCAUGUAGUCCGAAUUGUAAAGGACGGACGUGUAACAAUAUUACUGGAUUCUGCAUUUUUGGAUGUAAUAUGGGAUUCUUUUUAGAAAAGUGUGAAAGGGCUUGCAGUCAAUCAUGUCCAUCAGCCUGCAGCAGAUACUCAGGGGAAUGUAAGGGAGAAUGUCCGGUUGGGAAAUACGGGAGUACUUGUGAUAGAUCAUGCAACCAAUAUUGUAAAAGUGGAUGCAGUAAAACCAAGGGCUUAUGUCAUUCUGGAUGUAUUGUCGGAAAAUUUGGAGCUGACUGUCUCCAGACAUGUGGUGGUGGGUGUAUUUCCGGUUGUCAUCAGGUCGAUGGGAGUUGUUCAUGUAAAACAGGAUGGCAGAACCAAAACUGUGAUGUAUGUAAACCAGAUUAUUAUGGUCAAGAAUGUGAUCAGCAAUGCAGCUCAUAUUGUAUAAAUGGAACUUGUCUCCCAAACAAUGGGUCGUGUAUUGGGGGAUGCAAAGGAUACUUCGUGGAUGAACAAUGCACAAUGGCAGAAAACAAGUAUUACUCUACCAUACGGAAUGUUUCUGUUCCGAUUGAGGAUCCCGAGGAAGAGCCGCAGACAGAAAACCCUGAAGAGGCUGUGUAUUAUAAUGAUCUGUCUGUGGCUAAAGAUAUUGCUGUAUCGAACCUAUUUAUUAUUAUAACACAUAAAGAAGCCAAGGAAAAUGAAGGAUUCCUUAAGGAAUUCAAGUCUCUUCCAUAUGGAGAGAGAUUUGACUGCGACAUCGCCAAAACAGAGGAAAACAUGCCUAAAAACAGAUUCAAAACCACCUUUCCAUAUGAUCAUUCCCGCGUUAUUUUAGAAGCUAGUCAGGGCUUUAUUUCCGACUACAUUAAUGCAAACUACAUUGAGAAUAUGGAAGGGAAACGGGAAUUCAUUGCAUGUCAAGGCCCACUUAAAAACACUUUAGUUGACCACUGGAGAAUGAUAUGGCAGGAACAUGUAGAAUACAUUGUAAUGCUGACCAAUCUUAUUGAGGGUCCAAAGGUGAAAUGUCAUGAAUACUGGCCAGACAAAGAAACAGAGCUGGAUAUCAAUCCAUUUUCCGUAACAUUGAUUGAAGAGAAACAGUAUGCUUACUUCGUCGAAAGAAGAUUGACACUGCGCAACAAGAAGGUUACUGGGUCAAGGACGGUCGUACAGUAUCAUUACACCCAAUGGCCAGAUCACGGGACUCCAAAUCCACUGAACCUGGUUGUCUUCCACCGGCACUUUCGACACAAGGUCAGAUCAACACAACAUCCAAUAAUUGUUCACUGCAGUGCUGGGAUAGGGAGAACGGGGACGUUUAUUGCCUUUGACGUGUUGUCUAGAUAUGGCAAGGACAAGGGCAAGGUCAAUGUCAUAGAGUAUGUCAAGGCCAUGCGUAAAGACAGAAUGACAAUGAUACAGAAUGUGGACCAGUACGUGUUUCUAUAUCACGCAUUGCAUGAGUUCUUUAGAGGAAAGGCGCACUAUAAAAAGGGAGAUGAAAUUCUCAGUCUGUAUGGAGAUAUGAACAAACUAGAUGCACAGAAACAACUUACUAAUGAGUUCAACGAACUGAUUAGUUUAAAACCAAGAUUUGAUUCCAAAGAUUUCAAAACUGGAAAAACGUUUUUAAAGUUGAAUAUGACCAAAUCAGUUUUACCAGUUGAGCAAUAUCUAGUCUAUCUAACUUCCCAUGUUCCAGGCCGACAAUGUUACUAUAAUGCGGUGACUGUUUCCUCGUUCUCCCGAGAUGACGAAUUUAUAUCUGCUCAAUUUCCGGUGCCUGAAGGGGCCAUAGAUCUUGUUCGUCUGCUUGUUGAUCAUGAGUCAACAUUCCUUAUUUCAUUGAACCCUUUAUCAGAGCUUAAAGAGCUACAAAGCUGGGUUGAUGAAAAAGUCAAUCCUCUCAAACUUGGUCCUUAUACAAUCACUAAGGGUACACAAGAAGUGGUGUCCGGGGAGAUAAGAAAGACAUAUAUAACAAUUACAACAAAAGAGGUCAGUUGUUUUUGAUAGACAAAAAAUGCCAUAUUUUUCACAAUGUUGAAUAUUGUAAUAUUUUCAUAGAACGUCUAC